GAACAUUCAGUUGAGCAGGUAAACAGGUAAGUAAGGAAAUAUCCAAAACAGAAACGGAAGCUUAACGGCCAUUUUAAAAACGGAGGAGAAAGGAAUCCUAGGAAAGAAGGAAUAAAAUGAAAUGUAAAAAACGGAGUAAACAGUCUGUUGUGGAGUGGAACUGAGGUCUGCCGAUUUGGGUCAGAACCCACUUGUGAAUCUGAUCUGGUGUGUUCAGGUGUCCUGAGACAGGGGGCGCUGUUUCAAAAAUGAGUUCCUCAGAGGAGACCGAGACUAACGAUGGAACCCACUGCCCUGCGAGGAAGAGGGUUCGGGUAGAGAGGACAGGGUCACCUGUACCCAGCUGUCUGUCUGUGAAGAGUGAUCAUUCAAUGGAUCGUCCAAUCCACUUCAGAGGACAGUUCACAGGUGAUCGAAGGGUUCGGGUAGAGAGGACAGGGUCACCUGUACCCAGCUGUCUGUCUGUGAAGAGUGAUCAUUCAAUGGAUCGUCCAAUCCACUUCAGAGGACAGUUCACAGGUGAUCGAAGGGUUCGGGUAGAGAGGACAGGGUCACCUGUACCCAGCUGUCUGUCUGUGAAGAGUGAUCAUUCAAUGGAUCGUCCAAUCCACUUCAGAGGACAGUUCACAGGUGAUCGAAGGGCUCAGGUAGAGAGGACCGGGUCACCUGUACCCAGCUGUCUGUCUAUGAAGAGCGAUCAUUCAAUGGAUCGUCCAAUCUACCUCAGAGGAGAGUUCACAGGUGAUCAAAGGAUCCACUGCUCACAGGUGUCCAACCAUAUUGUAGAGAGGAGUUCAGAGAAACUGUUCUCACAACAGCUAACCAGCAGCCCUGUGAAGCAGAAGGAUCUCACUGACUCACUGGAGAGAGAUGAGCAGCACAAUAAAUCCAUAGAUAGAGCCCAGCAGGCACUGAAAACUGCUCUGAAGAAGAAGUUUGAAUGCAUAUUUGAAGGUUUAGCAAAGCAGGGCAACCCAGCCCUCCUCAAUGAGAUCUAUACAGAGCUCUACAUCACAGAGGGGGGAAGUGGGGGGAUCAAUGAUGAACACGAGGUCAGACAGAUUGAGACAGCAUCCAAGAGAAAAACCACACAGGAGACUGCAAUUCCCUGCAAUGACAUCUUUAAGCCUUUACCUGGACAAGAGAGACCCAUCAGAACUGUGCUUACAAAGGGUAUCGCUGGCAUUGGGAAAACCGUCUCUGUGCAAAAGUUCAUUCUGGACUGGGCAGAAGGAAAAGCCAAUCAGGACAUUGAUUUCAUCUUCACUCUUCCUUUCCGAGAUCUGAAUCUGAAAAAGGAGAGAAAUUUUAGUCUCAUGAAACUUCUGCAGCACUACUUUCCGCAACUGAAAGAGAUCAAAAGUUUUAAAGAUGAAGUCAAAGUUGUGUUCAUCUUUGAUGGUCUGGAUGAGUGUCGACUUCCUCUAGAUUUCCAAAGCAAUAAGAUCUGCUGUAAUAUAACAGAGUCAUCAUCAGUGGAUGUGCUGCUGACCAACCUCAUUCUGGGGAAUCUGCUUCCCUCUGCUCUCCUCUGGAUCACCUCCCGACCAGCAGCAGCCAAUCAGGUCCCUCCUAAGUGCGUCCACCAGGUGACAGAGGUACGAGGGUUCAAUGACCCAGAGAAGGAGGAAUACUUUAGGAAGAGAAUCAGAGAUGAGAAAAAGGCCAGCAGAAUUAUCUCACACGUAAAGUCAUCCAGGAGUCUGCACAUCAUGUGUCACAUACCAGUCUUCUGCUGGAUUUCUACCACUGUACUGGAGACACUGUUUGGUAAAGUAGGCAAUAGAAAAAUGCCCAAAACUUUGACUGAAAUGUACACACACUUUCUGCUCAUUCAGACUAAUGUGAAGAAUGAAAAGUAUCAUGGCACCGAUGUGACAAACCCAGAAAUCUCAGAGUCAGAUACAGAAAUCCUCCUUAAACUGGGGCAGCUGGCUUUUCUACAGCUGGAAAGGGGCAAUCUGAUAUUCUAUGAAGAGGACCUGAGAGAGAGUGGCAUUGGUGUCAGUGAAGCUUCAGUGUACUCUGGGGUGUGCACAGAAAUCUUUAAAGAGGAGUGUGGGUUGGAUCAGGAGAAGGUCUACUGCUUUGUGCAUCUGAGCAUUCAGGAGUAUCUGGCUGCCUUGUUUGUGUUUCAUUCAUGUGUAAAUGCGAACAGAAAUGUACUCAGAGCAGUAGAGUCAACACCUUGGAGAUACAGUGUGCAGCUGUCUGAGUUACACAGAAAUGCAGUGGAUCAGGCCUUAGCGAGUAAGAAUGGACACCUGGACCUUUUCCUCAGAUUCCUUCUAGGCCUCUCUCUGGACUCCAUUCAGACUCUCUUAGGAACACUUCUGAUGCAGACAGGAAGCAGAUCAUCUAGAAUUGAGGAAACAGUAUUGUACAUAAAGGAGAGGAUCAAAAAAGAAUCUUCAGCAGAAAGGAUCAUAAAUCUGUUCCACUGUCUCAAUGAACUGAAUGACAACUCUCUAGUGGAGGAAAUCAAGAAGUUCCAGAGAUCAGGAAAACUCUCUAAUGAAAAGCUGGAACCACACCAAUGUUCAGCCCUGGCCUUUGUGUUACUGAUGUCAGAGGAGAUCCUAGAUGAAUUUGACUUGAAGACCUACAACACAUCAGCAGCAGGUUAUCAGAGACUGCUACCAGUACUCAGGAACUGCAGGAAGGCCAUACUGAACAGCUGUGACCUCACAGAGAAGUCCUGUGAAAUUGUGGCCUCUGCUCUCCAGUCAUCAAACUCACCCCUGAGAGAUCUGGACCUCAGCUACAAUAACCUGGGAGAUUCAGGAGUGAAGCUGCUCUGUCCUGCUCUGAUGAGUCCAGACUGUAAACUGCAGAGACUGGGACUGAACAGCUGUGACCUCACAGAGAAGUCCUGUGAAAUUGUGGCCUCUGCUCUCCAGUCAUCAAACUCACCCCUGAGAGAUCUGGACCUCAGCAACAAUAACCUGGGAGAUUCAGGAGUGAAGCUGCUCUGUGCUGCACUGAUGAGUCCAGACUGUAAACUAAAUAUAUCAACUCUCUUUUGCAGACUAUACAGCUGUGGCCUCACAGAGAAGUCCUGUGAAAUUGUGGCCUCUGCUCUCCAGUCAUCAAACUCACCCCUGAGAGAUCUGGACCUCAGCUACAAUAGCCUGGGAGAUUCAGGAGUGAAGUUGCUCUGUGCUGGACUGAUGAGCCCAAACUGUAAACUACAGACCCUGGGGCUGGGUUGGUGUAAUCUCACAGAGGGCUGCUGUGAUGUUCUGGCCUCAGUCCUGCGCUCUCCUCACUCAGAGCUGAGAGAUCUGGAGCUCAGAGACAAUGAGCUGCAGGAUUCAGGAGUGAGAGCGCUCUCUGUUGGACUGGAGGACCCACACUGUAAAGUGCAGAGACUGGGGCUGUCAGGCUGUAGAGUCACACAGAGAGGCUGUGAUUCUCUGGCUUCAGCUCUGUGUUCAAACCCCUCACACCUGAGAGAGCUGGACCUGAGAUACAAUCACCCAGGAGACUCAGGAGUGAGAGUG